UUCCAGCCUCCAUCCCUGAACUUGACCCUCCGAUCCUGUUUUUUUGGCAGGCUUCGAGCAUGCUUUCAGUCUCUUGAGUCCCAGGUUCACACAUCUAACGUGACAAUUCCAGUAUUCUCCAACUUAGAUUUUUCCUCAUAGUCAAAUUUUUCAAGUUAGUGCCACGGGGUCCUGCUAAUGUGCCCUCACCUGCUUUCACCCUUGCCCUCCAUUCAUCUGUGGUUAAGUAUGAACGAUCCAAAUCUUAGUUGAAAUGCAUCAAAACUUGUCAUAAGAAUGGGAUUUGUAUCGUUCCACGCUCAUGAUGACUUGAUCCCUUGCUAAUGACACUUAAUGACCAAAUGGCCUUUGGUUUAUAAUUUAGGCAAGAUUUGCAAAAGUAAUUCAGGUAUUUAAAUGUUUUUAAAAAUUCUAGCUUCUAGUUUUCCAUAACUGUUGCCAGUUCCUUUAGAGGAGAAGUUACAGUGAGUCACAGCUGGCAUCUCUCUAGUCCAACAUCACACCACUGUACCCUUGGGAAAAAUCCAUUAGAUGAGCAGGCAUUUGUGUACCAAUUCCACCUUGGUCGUUAAUUUAGUUGCUAAGUAAUUGGGGAGUUACCUGCUGACUUGAUGUAUCUGGCUACAGAGCAACGCUGCUGUGUCUCCAAAAGCAUUUGCUUGGAAGUGGCAGGGAAUGAAUGGAAAGAACUUUCUUUAGGCCUAAGCCUGAGGACAGUGAAGGCAAACUCUAUUUAAACAGCUGAAGUCCACAUUCUCAGGAGCAGGGUGACAAACCUGUGGGACUUGCCAAAGGUGUGGAUUCAGGAAGCUUGCACAGAUCCAAGUGGAGACUGAGCAGGUAGAGCAAAUCCUUGACUAAAAAUAUGUCAGAAAUGGGAAAGGUAUCAGAGGAAGUAUCUUGUACUUUUUCUCUUAAUCCCUAAGCACCAGCCUGGCAAGGGCUCUGUGGCCACUAAUUCCAUAAGCUCAAACUUAUUUGCAAUGAUUAUUGGAAUGGUCCUCAGACUGCAGUGGAAACGCUGCCAGGCUACAGAAGCUCAUUUCUCCACUCGUCCCUUCUGUCUGAAGGCAGAAUGUAAAAACCUGGAGUUCUGAAGUCAGUGCUUGUCUGCUCCUAUCUGCAGAUCACCUGUCUCUAGUCAGAACGCUGCAUUGUUCUUCACCUUGUAACCACGAUCUUCUAGUUACCAUGCUGUAAUCUGUAACAUGUCUGUCUUGUGUACCUAAAAAUCGGUGAGAUCUGACACUAAAAACUUCCAUGAAUGGCCUGCGUCACCUUAUGGAAGGAUAAGGUAGCGUAGGUGUGAGCCCACGCUUGUCACUCUUUACUCACCACGCAAAGUUCUGUCUGAAGAGCCUUGUUCCAGUCUGCUCCCUUUUUUGUCCUGAAUUGGAGGGUCUCCCCUUCUGAUCCAGCAGGCUUUGCCAGAUAUUUAGAUGGAAAACCCCCGAACACAUUGCUGUUCCUGGGGCUGCUGUGGGAGCCUCAUUGCUCCUGGCAGGCUGCAGAAGCUCGAUCGGGACUUCAGCUUCGCUUUCAUGACGUGCUUUACGGUGGAAGCGAGCCAGCGACACCAUCUCUUAAUUGCAAGGACAGCGGCUUAACCAGAGCCAACAGACACACUGCGGACGUGGGAUUUCGGGAGCGCUCCGCAGCCCCCACACGACGGCGCCAGCCGGGCUGGGCUCCAAGAGGAAAACUGCAAGGGGCAGGGUGCUGGGCGCUGACUGGCUGAAGAGGAACAUAGGGGCGGUGCCGAUCUGCCGCUCCCGGCGAAGCAACUUUUGAUUGGCUGCUGGCUCUGUGGGCGGGGCCCCGCCUAUUAUAAGGUCUGGGGUCGCGGGUGGGGGGCACUGUCGGUGCGAAGCUCCGUGCCUGGUGCUCCGCGGUUCUGUCCGGCCCGGCUAUGUCUGACCCAGCUCAGCAGCCUGCUCCCGGGGCUCCCGAAGGAGGGGCUCCCGAGGGAGGCGCUCCCGAGGGGGCAGCCCCCGGUGGGGGUCCCCCCGGGGCUCCCCCCAAUCUGACCAGCAAUCGCCGCCUGCAGCAGACGCAGGCCCAAGUGCAGGAGGUGGUUGAUAUAAUGUGUGUAAACGUGGACAAGGUGCUGCAACGGGACGAGAAGCUGUCAGAGCUGGAUGACCGGGCGGAUGCACUUCAGGCCGGCGCCUCGGUAUUUGAAAGCAGCGCAGCAAAACUCAAGAGGAAGUACUGGUGGAAGAACUGCAAGAUGAUGAUCAUGAUGGGAGUGAUUGGUGCCCUUGUGGUGGUGGUGAUUGCAAUCUACUUUUUUACAUAAAUGUAGCUCCUUCAGUCUGCAACCUCCUGUCCCCUAUUACCUUGCCUGUCUCUUCUUGCCUCUGAAUUUUUCCUUUCCUUCCCUUUCACCUAGCUUCUUCAUUGAUUUCUUUAUUAGUUUUAAUUUAUCCUCUGUGUAGGACUCUGAGCCGCUUACUAAACAUAAGUAGACUUUUCAAUAGCUGCUGCAGCUUUAGGGAGCGUCCUCUAAAUUUAGAGGAAAGGGAAGCUGAGGAAGAGUGGGUAGCUAUUUGCUCCUGCUCUUCUGCAGGGAACUUCUUGUGUUUAUUUUUGGGUGUAAGCUUGUCAAAUAGUGCCUGUGUGAACUCUAGCAAAAUAAGAAUGCCUUAACACAGUGCCUUUUGGGAUGAAGGACUUCAGCAUGUGAGAGUCUUUAGUGCUGUGCCUAAAAAGAGUGGCAGCAUGACUUGAGCUUUUCAUUGAGCUUCUGAAAUAAAAGCUAGUUUGUGCUGGCCAGUGGCUGUGAGCCAUCUUAGCUACACGUAGUGAUGUAGAUUUCUCUAGCCAUGGAGAGGUGAGCACUUGAAGAAAUGAUUUAUUCUGCCUGUCCUUGUUUCCAGAUGACUUGCUGCCUGAACAUGGCCAUUUCAGUUUUUAUAAAGGAGGGCCUACAUGAAUACCUCAGUCGAGUGCAACAGGCUAAACACAAUUAAGUGAAAAGGAGCAUUGCUACUAUCUAAAAGGCAUGUGUGGAAGUAAAAGUCUCUUUCCACAAGCAGCCAAUGAACAACAAUUAAUCUGCUGGGGAGUGUCAAAUACGCCUUUCAUCUCUGCACACACAAGCCAGGACCCUGUAGCUUCCUACUGUCUUGUAGCUUUCCAGAAGGAAGACUUUGGAGUGGUGGCAGAAUGGGAAUUGGUGUUAUGCUUUUGUAUGACCGGGUUGAGCGUCAAGGAAGCUCGCUGCCCACAGCAGACAGAGGUGAAGGGAGCUGGAGGUAUUCCAGAUGAGACUGAAUGAGCUGCACAGCUUUCUGAUUAAGAAAUCAGAUUUCAGCAGGAGUUAGAAAAUACUUGAAACGGUUAGCUGGGGAUUCAAAGGGAGAUGGUGCUCUGGGCAUGGAUAUUGCAAAGUGCCAUCAGAUGUCCCAGUCUGGCAACUUCUGUCUCUAGAGAUCUUGCUGAUCAAACUGAAUCCUCCUACUUGCUCUGGGUUCUCUUGAAUUUAGGUCCAGGGUGGUCUGUGAUGGAAGUAAACUUGUGGCUGUGGCUUUCUGUGAGUGAGUCCCUUGUUCUUUGUCAAAAGUAAUGAGAGCUGUCAGUUGCUUGAAUGUGUUGUCGGACGUGGGUUAAAUGAGCUGCCCUGUUUCUGUAGAGUCUUCUGAGGAAUGUGCAUCUUGUCUUUUAACUUUUUUAACAAGCUGAGCUGUAGCCUGUAAUCUAGACUGGAAAGAGGGUACUCCUCUAAUUUAGAAAGCUCUGCCUCUGCUCUAGGAUACACUGGGAUCUCUUUAGGCUUAAGAGGAGACGGGAAGGACAUCACUGGAUGUCCUCCCAGAUAGGAGCCGAGUACAAAAGAUGGGAGGAGCAGAUGCUUUUUGUUUCAUUGGAUGUGCUGGGGAAGCCCCUUUCCACCUCCCGGGGCACCUGGCCAGGGGCUAGGUUUUGCAUGCUCACUUCCAUGCCCCAGCAUUUUCAUUUGAGUUCAUCUCCCUGCAAUUCCAUUCUGCUCCACCUCGGGGGAGGGCAGAGAUGAAGAUCUGGAGCGAAGCGGCCCUCGUCCCCUGAGCACUUCCCUAAUUCCCUGUGGAACUGAGAUGGGAUGGACGGUCAGAAGUGCAUCUACUGAAGAGGAGCCAGGGCCUGCUUGUGCUACUUGCUGCUCUCAUUUUAGGGGGUAGGCUUACAAGCUUGAGGCCCCCAGACCAGCAGUUCUCUCGAACUCUUCUACACAAGCCUUUGGUGCCCCAUUCCUCCUGUCUCUCUGGGAGCUGAGGUCCCCCUAGGCUGUCUCUUUCAUUUCUUUCUCUUAGGAUGUUGUAUGUUGCCUCCUCCUCUGCUCCCUUUCCCCUCCUUUGUGUCUCUGUGCAUGGGCAAAACAAUUCACCAAGGCCCUCUUAGUAAAAGCAAGGGACUCUGCUGCCCACGGCAUCACAGCCACUCAUGCACGUGCAGUUUAUUUACUUCCUCUAUAAACACAACUGUAAUCUCCUCUGGCAUGUUCUAGAAAUCAGCUCAUGUACUUUUAAUGGUCUCUAAGAAACACAAUUCACCACCUUA